AUGGCAGGCACCGAGGAGGCCGAGACCUGGACGUUCAUGGGCGUGCUGUUUGAGGACGACCCGCGCCGCCUGCUGCUGCAGAACCUCGGCUUCUCCGACGCCCUCGCCGCCGCGCAGCAGCAGCGCGCCGGGACGGUCGCGCGCGCGAGCAGCGCGGGCGUCGCGUCGGCGGCGGAGCACCUGGCUACUGCGGUGGAGCAGAUGGGGCUCGGCGACGUUGGGGCGGCCAGCCGCCUGGCGGACGCGCUGCUGAUUGCCAACAUCGGCGGCGCCGACCUCUUCAAGCGCGCCAUGCACCGCUACAUGCGCCGCAGCCCGCGGCCCUACAUGACGAUCCUGUCCAGCAUGGUGGAGGGCGACUACGCGUCCCUCGUGAAGACGCGCCCCGUGGGCCAGUGGAAGGAGACGCUCGCGGUGCUCGCCACCUACACAGGCGCGCGGCCCGCAGGCGCCCGCGCGGACCAGUGGGCCUCGCUGUGCGACGCGCUCGCGUCGCGGCUGGCGCAGACUGGCAUGCACCACGCCGCCUCCCUCUGCUACGUCUGCGCGGGCAACGUUGACCAGGCGGUGCUCUACUGGAGCAAGGCCGUCAAGGCGGCCGGCGCCAAGGGCGCAGUCCCGGUGGACGCACUGCAGUCCGUUAUUGAGAAGAGCGUGGUGCUGGGCCUGGCCACCAACAGCGGCGCCGGCUCCAGCCCCGCGCUGGCAGACCUGGUGACGCAGUACGCCUCCAUACUCAGCACGCAGGGACGCAUGGGCGCCGCACUCAGCCCAUGGUCAAAGAAUGUUUGA